AUGGUUGUCGGACAAUUAAGUAACCCAAGUGAGUCAGAAGAUGAUGUCUCAUCUAUUGCACCACCUGAAUAUGAUUUUUGGCAACAUCAUAAGGAAUUAGCACAUGGACAUAAGAAGAAAAAGAAAUCUCAUCAGGGAGAUGAAGUUUCUCUUUAUUUAUCAAAUCCAGUAUUAAUAAUUACGGAAGAAGAUUACAUUUGUGAAGCGUGCUUUGAUGUAUCCAUGCAGUCUAUUAAUGCUCAAAUUCAUGGAAACAAUGAGUGUCAUCCAUCUGCUUGUUCAUCUCGCCUUGGUCAUACUCAAGUAUGCCCCGUUUGUGGUCGAUCAUUGCUCAAUUGUCAAAGUGACCAUAUUCACAAAGAAAACCCAUCAAGCCUCACACUAAGAAUGAUAAACUUAAAUCGAACUACUGUAGCAAAUCGUCAGAUAUCACAAUAUGAUUGUGUAUGUCAUGCCUGUUGGUUGAGGUUUAAAAGACAAGCUCUUUUAACUCAACAACAGGAUGAAAGAAGAGGCUUAGAAGGUGAUGAGACUCCUCACAGUCAAACAAUUGAACAAGAAGUGGAACAACCUGUGUUUAUGCAGUUCAUGUUCCAGAAUUACAACCUCCCCCGUUUCUUGCAAGUACAGAUGAAAGGGAUUCGUCUGUAG